AUGAUCCGACGCUCCAAUCGGUUUUCUCAAUUAAUGUCAGGUGUAACAUUCUUCUCACUUGGUCUUUCUAUAGGAUAUCUAUAUAACCUUCAAAACCUCUAUACAUCUCCUCCAAGAGAAAACGUUUGUUUUCCUACUUCCAAUACACCUAUUUAUAAAGGCUUAAAUCUAAUCUUACCAUCGGUUCGUAAUCUUGAUGAUUUAAAUCAUCAAAAGCAAGUCCUUUCAAAUAAUUUCUUAGGCAAACAAACCGAAAGAUUCAAAACUUCUUGUGAUCCAUUGGAUGAUCCAGAAGAUGAUUUAAUUAAAUUUUAUGGUAGAGAUGUGAUUAUGAUGGGAAGAGGUUAUGAAGGAAGUGGAACCAGAACCCGAAGGUUUUUGAAAUCUUUACAAGAUGGAAAGACUGUCAAGGUAGGAGUGGUAGGUGGGAGUGUGUCGUUUGGCCAUGGGAUGUAUAAGCAUGGACCUGGGACAAUAUAUUCUGAGCGUGUUCUAGACUGGAUCAAAGCUACUUAUCCCAACAACCCAAGUUCCAAUCAUGAGUUAUUCAAUGGAGCUGUACCAGGAAGCAGUGUUGUCAGUUGA